CCGGCCGCCGAGGUCUUCGAGUCCGAGCGGUCGGGCUUCCGCAUGCGCGCGUCGUUCCAGGUCUGGCGCGAGGGGUCGCUGGACCACGGCAACCAGACGCGGCACCUCGUCAUGUACGAGCGCGGCGACGAGGCCCGGAACCCCGUCGAGUGCCUCGACUUCCCCAUGGGCUCGGAUCGGCUCCGGUCGCUCCUGCCGCCGCUGACGGCGGCGCUCCAGGGCGAGACUUUGGGCUACAAGAUCAACGACGCGCGCCUGCUCACGACGCUCGCGGGCGACGCGCUCCUGUCGCUGACCUACAACCGGCCGCUCGCGGGCGACGACGCGUGGGACGCGGCCGCGGCGGACUUCGCGGCCGCGCACGACGUCAAGGUCGUCGGCCGGUCGCGCAAGUACAAGACCGCCGUCGGCGCCGACGAGGUCCGCGAGGUGCUCGACGUGCCCGGCCGCGGGACGUGCGCGUACUGGCAGACCGAGGGCGCGUUCACGCAGCCGAACGCGAACGUCUGCCGGUCCAUGCUCGGCUGGGCCGUCGCCGCCACCGCGAACCGGGGACACGGCGACCUCUGCGAGCUCUACUGCGGCAACGGCUGCUUCACGGUCGCCCUCGCGCCGAACUUCCGCCGCGUCGUCGCGACGGAGCUGUCGAAGGCGUCGGUCGCGCUCGCGCGGCGGAACCUCGCGGCGAACGGCAACGACAACGCGCGCGUCGCCAAGCUCUCGGCGGAGGAGUUCGUCGAGGCCUUCGACGGCGCGCGGACCUUCGGGCGCCUCCUCGACGCGGGCGAGACGCUCGCCUUCGACGCGCUGGACACGCUCUUCGUCGACCCGCCGCGGGCCGGGCUCGACGCGACGUGCGUCGAGCUCGCGCGGCGCUUCGCCACCGUCGUCUACGUGUCCUGCAACCCGGAGACGCUCGCGCGCGACGUCGCGCUCCUCGCGGCGACGCACGACGUGUCGCGGCUCGCGGCCUUCGACCAGUUCCCCUACACGCACCACCUCGAGGCCGGCGUCGUCCUCGAGCGUAAG